AUGCUCAAAUCCCUCCCGCCUUCCGUACCCUCCAAAAUCCUCUUCAACCUCAUCAAAUCCGCCCAGAAAGACCCCAAACUCCCACCUGCAAAUCCAACUUCCGCUUUCUGGCAGGAACCUCCCUCUUCCAUCUCCACAAUCCAAUCCCCAACCUUGCCAACACAAACCGACUACGCCAUCAUCGGCUCCGGCGUAACCGCCUGUUCCGUAGCCCACAAUCUCCUCUCUCAACUCCCACCGGACUCAAAAUCUACAGUCACAAUCUUCGAAGCCCGAAGCCUCUGUUCCGGUGCAACGGGUCGCAAUGGAGGUCACCUGCUGAGUCCGAUUCCCGAGGAGUUUUGUAAUGAAUUCAACCUCAAAUCCCCCAUCGGCGCAAUCCAAACCCCAGCCGGCGCAUUCUGGCCCUACCGCCUCAUAACAGGCCUGUACUCCCUCCUCCUAACCCAAUACCCCACCCGCUUCUCCAUCGACACCCGCACCCCCAUCACUGUCAUCACCCACUCCCCCACCACCAACCCCACUCACCCUUACACUCUCACCACCCCCCGCGGCCCCGUCCACGCCACAAAAGUAAUCCACUGCACAAACGGCUGGGCCGGGCACCUCCUCCCGGGUAUGCGCGGAAAAAUCUACCCCAUCCGGGGAACCAUGUCCGUGCAAUCCCCCUCCCCUUCCUUACCCCGUGAAGGCGGGGAGAAGUCCUGGUCUACGAUUGAUAAAACGACUUACGACCCGAAAGACGGGAGUUUCAGUUAUGGAAUGUAUUAUAUCACGCAAAAUGCUCAUACGGGAGAUGUGUUCAUCGGAGGAGAGAAACAGUCUCUUGAGGAAAUUUUGACCGCGGACGAUUCUGGUGUGUCGAGCAUUUCCAAGUCCACGCUGGAAAGUGUCCUGCCGUCGAUAUUCGCGACGGGAUGGAAGGAGGGAGAAAGUCCGGAGGUCAAGUCCCUCUGGUCUGGCGUUUUGGCGUUUACACCGGAUCAACUCCCUUGGGUGGGGAAGGUGCCCAAGUCCGUGACAGGGAGGGGAGGGGAUGGAGAGUGGGUUGCUGCGGGAUUCAAUGGGUAUGGUAUGCCGCUUUGUUGGGGAUGCGGGGAAGCGGUGGCGGGGAUGUUGCUUGGCAAGGAGAGGGAGGUGAGAGAGUGGUUACCACGGAGUUUCGAGACGACGGGGAGGAGGUUGGGGAGUUUGUUUUCCACGCCGGAAGCGGGGGUGGUGGGUAUGUUGGGCGUGGAGCUGGGGUGGGUUCUGAUGGGACGACUAGUUGUGGGGUGGUUGGCGAGGGUUGUGAAGGGGUGGGUAUCAUCUCGCCUUGGUGGAAAGUAA